AUGCAAACCGUCCUGCGUCUAGCGGCCAAAGCGCGCGCAGGCCUCAGGGAUGGUGCCCUGACAGGUGUGCUCGGGAGGAGGCGUGGACCGGCAAAAGGCAGGCCGGCGGGGGUGGGGGGCAGGCCGGCGGGGGUGGGGGGCGGACGCCCGGACCCCCGGGAGGUGGGCGAGCCCAGAGCCCGCUCGGGGCCAGCGGGCAGCACGGCGGCCAGCGAAGGGUGGCCCGGGGACGCCCUGCCUGACAGCCCCUCCCCAUCCCGCGUCCCUCCUCACCUGCGGCUCCCUUUCAGACGAGACAGCUACGAACCGCACCGAGCUGCAGCGUCCAAUUAUUGCCGGAAGUCGUCCGCCUCCCGCCGAGGUGCACCGCUGGACGCCCCGCCCCGGGGUCCCGUUGAUUGGCCGGUGCGGAGCCACGUGACGGUUGUGUUGCUACCCGAGCUUGGAGGCCUCGGUGCGCGCGUGCGCAGUGAGCGCAAGCCCCACCCACCCAUCCUAGCCGCUUGCGGGCCCAUUGUGGUACCCUUUGACUCGCCUUGCUGGCGUUGUCCCGGUCGUCUGGCGGAAACCAUUUGGUUAGCCACAGUCUCAGGACGGCCGCUCCGGACCUACAGACCGCCCCGGCGCCGGGCUGCUGCGAGCAAGGACACCCGCUGGUCGUACCCUGCCCUGAGAGACUCCAUUUUAAGGAUGGAAACUAAGUAUGUACCUGAGCACACAGGUCCUUCCCUUUGAUCUCUGCAGCUGAAGUAAACUGCACAGCUGUGCUUCAGGCGCAGCCUGACUCCACAGGAGCAGCUUCUUCACCGCAGCUGGUGUGGAUUAUUUUCUUAUCAAAACAGACUAGUCAGCCUACAUCUGAAACCAGGUGGAACUUACAGGAACCUUCUUCACGUUUUGCACACAUUGUAUAAGCCACCCCCACCCCACCCCACACACAUACAGAUACAUUUGCUGUGUGAUAUGUGAUAUGAGAGUUAACGUGAGGAGUGGAAUGAAAGAACACGGGUCAGUGCUGAAAGCCAGAUGACCCAGGAAAGCAGGAUUAAGUAGACAUUGAUGCCA